GCACAUCAUGUGGAUUGUUUAUGUUAAACUGUAUGGAGUAUUGGACAUGAGAUAUUUUGUCUGAUCAGUUCACUCAGGAGGACAUGAAAGAAUUUCGACGAAAAUUAGCUGUCAUACUGUUGGAAACAGAACUUAAUACGUUAAAAGGAAGUCCAAUAUAUUAUCAGCCUGACAAUGAAGAAAAUGUAUCUGAUUCUGAUGUUGAGUUUCUGGAGGAUCGAAAGCGUAAGCGGCAAGAUUCACCCGAUAGAGCCAAAGACAAAAGCCCCCUUCCGAACCCUAUCAUCGCUGCCGCGGACCCGCAUGAUUUAGUUGACGAACUAUGCAACCACAUCAUGUCAAUUAAUGAUGCUGAUUCCCUGGAGAAGGAGUGGGUGCGAAGCUCUAAACCCCAUCCGAUAGGAUUAAGUCUCAGAAGGAUUCAAGGUAUACUCCACAGGGAUCAGCCGUUGGACAUUGAUUGUUUCAACAUGGCUAUACGUAUACUUGCAUGUGACAAGGCCUUACUGCCAGUAGAUCCUCCAGUGCGCUUUAUGGAUCUACAAUUUUGUACGUCCGUGAUCGAGGCCGCCCUCACUUCUGCACGAGAUUUAGAUUCACGGGUACAGCCAGAUAUUCAGGCGCUAGCAUCGUUGCUCCGUAGCUCGACUGAGAUAGACAACAUAUCAUCAUGCAAUUGGAUAUUGCUCCCUCAUGCAUUCCUCGGCCACUACAUCUUGUUCGCAAUCGACAAACAUUCACGUCAAGUAACUAUUUUGGACCCACUAUUUCCGCCCUUAUCCCCAGAGAGAUAUGCGUUUAAAUUUCAGAGGGUUGCAUUCUACCUGAAUGAUGCACUCGAAUUAGCACAACCGGGUUGGAAGUCUGAUACAUUUGCCUGGCCACGUAAAUCACCAAUUGAUGUUCCGAUGAGCCUAGACCGGAAUGAAUCUGGUUAUUUUGUUUUCAAUUAUAUGCUCUGGCAUGGUAACAAAUUUGUUCGUCCAAUUUGCAUGGAUGGUUAUGAGUUGAGAAAGAAUAUUUUGAUACACUUACUCGAGUAUGAUGCGAAUGAAGCUGAAGACAAUAUCCCAUAUGAUGUAUGA